ACGAAAUUUUUUACACGUUACAAAUGUAUCGAGUAACAGCUCGAGUAGCAUCUCGCUACACGUAUAACAAAAUAACGAUAAAAAUUUAGGUACUCGAUACAUUGGUAAGUACCCAGUAAACACUGUUUGUUGCAACAAUAUAACAUGAUAGUAAUACACAAUAUAACAUAUGUUAUUUCUAUGAAAUAUAACUAAAAUAUAUUAUACUUGUUACUAUGUAAUGUUACAAUGUUUCCUGGAUUACAUAUUACUGCUAUAUAACAUUGUUAUGUUAAUAUUAUAUAAAGUAUUAUAUAUAUAUUUACAUAAUUUUGUUACAAUAAUAGAUAAAGAUAUGAAAAUUUAUAUUAAUUGCAAGAAUUUAAAAGGAAGUUUAAAAAAUUGUUUUCUGUUAGACUAUUAUAGUUCAACUAUUACACUAUAUUAUAUUAGAGACUAUUGCAGUCUAGUUUAAUCACAUUUUAGAUCGUGUAUGCGUGUGGGUGCGCGCGCGUGCGUGCGUUGUGUGUAAAAUAUCGUGCAUUAUACAUCUUGCAAAAAAUAAAAGAAAUAAUUUAGUUUUAAAAAUUUUGCAACUACUUUAAAAUGUAAUACUUUUUUUUAAUGUGAUAGUCUUGUGAUACAAAUUUAUGUAUGAAGGCUGCGUUCCGAUAUUUAUUGCAAGUACUAAACAAAGUUAUCGUCAAGUACAGACUUUUACUGAUAGUGAAUAUUAGAACGCAGUCUUAAUCAUACAUGAACUUGCAUCACAAGAAUAUCACAUUAAAAAAAUUAAAUCACAUUAAAUACUAUUUUUUUACGUGAUAUUUUUGUGAUGCAAGUUUAUGUAUGAUUCAGGUUGCUUUCCGUUAUUCACUGCCAGUACUGAAAAUCUGUAGUUUUCGCGUACACUACAGAUUUUCAGUACUGGCAGUGAACAUCGGAAUGCAGCAUAAAAAUAUUGUUCUGUUUUUAUAUAUGAUUAGACGUUAGGAAAGGUUAUAGCAUUAUAUGUAAUUAAUCUGAUUACAUAAAUGUUUUAUGUUGUAUUUAUAAUAAUUGAAAAACAUUUAUUAUGUUAUCAAUAUGCCAAAAAGGUUUAGAUACAAGACAUUUUUUAUUAAAUUAGUUUUUGAAAUACUUUUGUCUUUUAUUAAGAAAUUAUUUACCUUUUAUAUAUAACUACAUAUACAGGGUAAAUUUUAAAGGCUAUCCCAAUCAUUUAUUGACCAUAAUAGAGGGAUUAUCGAUUGUAACUUUGGUUAAUUAAAUGAUGCAUACAUGAUACAACGUACAGUUGAUCUAAGCAACUGUUAUCUAUGUGUCGUUUAAUUUACCAAAGUUGCAGUUGAUAAUCCAUCUAUGAUGGUAAAACGUUGGGAUAGCCAUUAAGAUUCCCUAUAUGUACACGUAAACAACAUAUUUACUUUAUGCUAACAUAAUAUAAACAUUACUUCAAUACAUAACUGCAAUAUAACAUCUGCUAUAUUACAUGUUACAUUUCUGAGUGGGAAAUUACAAUUUACUAGUAAGUUACUAGUAACAUUUAUGUAUGUUACUUGUAACAUUCCGUUUUAUUGAUUACAUGUAACAUUAAUGUAAGUGUUUACUAGGUAGUAACUUUUGUGUAAUUAGAUAGAAAAGUAACUAAUUAUUGCCAUCUCUGCCUCUAUCUUAUCUCUUACGCAGCGCACAUGUGCACAUAUGCAACCCUUGUGCACAAGUAAAUGUGAAAGCUCUCGAAAGCGGCGCCAACUAAAUUAUAAGCAUGCACAGUGCAGACUGCAGUCUCUCAAGAGGCAAUAUAUAAAAAAAACAAUAGUGUCUGGAAUGAUUUCCUUGUCCGAUAAUCUAUAGAGAUAAAAGGAAGCCGCCUCAUACAGCACUCCUCGUAUAUAUCUUCGUCCACUCGCUCGUUCCCUAUCUGAAACUCUUCUUAAUUGCCUCUCCACAUCGCAGAGCAUCGGGUAACGAAGGGACACGUCGCAGGACGAUAUCUGUUCUCUGUCUAUCAUCUGCGAUGUGACUCUCAACCUCUCAGCCAACCGAAGACCGCGCAGACUAUUCCGUGUGUUUAUAGUCUAAACACACCACGUGACCGAUGUCUCAUUGGGUAUCGCUUAAUCGUUUCUUCGUAUCGCUUGCAUGAGUCACGUGCACGCAGCUCCGAUGGCUCCGAUUGGCCCGCGCAUGUAAACAACUCUUCCAUUGGCCAAACAAAUAACCGUAGUGCGACACGUGGGGUCAACAUUACCAGUGAGCUCCAACACGGAGUGAUGGCGAUAGAAAAUAUUAAACACUGGGAGCCAGUCGUAAGCGAAUGCGCCGGCCCGAUGUGAUGAGCCCUCGACGACAUCGGCUGGCAAAAUGCGAGUUCUGUCAGUUCCGUCGCAUUCCGCUGACGGAAACGGACUCACUGAUAAGGACUCGUCACUGCGAGUUUUUCGGACGCGUCGCACAACUGUAAACUACCUGUAGACGCGAGAGAGGUUGCUGAUUAAGACGUCGCUGCAAGUUUUAAAAAAUGUGAUAAGCUAUUAAUAUAUUGGUUCGCGCAGUGUAUUCUAUAAACGUGUGACGGACCGGUGUUGCGUGUAAUGAAAAUAUUACGUCGCAAGAAAAUGUUACAUCGCAAUAUAAAGGGAAAUAUAAUAUUGAGGGACGCAUCGGAAUUGGCAGUGUGGAAAGAGAAACGCGAGAUGUAUGUGAACGAGGCGAGGAACGCAAAUGAUUUCAUUACCAAGAAUCAGCUCGUCUAUCUUUGCUUUGAUGAUACGGGAAACAACUGCAGGAACAACUUUGGGCCGAGCAAAAUCAUAUGUAUAUAUCGCAGGAAAGUGUGUAGUGUUUACUUUUGUGUCGAACGCGUAUUACUCCGGAUCUUGUUCCGAUACUCUCGAGGAUCACUCUCGAAUCGCAAACUUUCUUGAGUUUUACGGAAUCGUGACCAUUCGGAGAUAUGGAAGCUUCGCGUUUAUGUAUUGAGAAGAAGUCAUCGAUUGAUGAAGAAUAACUCAAUCACGACAAUAGCGUCAGUAAAUAGCUUCAUCGACUUCAUCGAAGAUAUCGUAAUUACGCGUCAUUCAAGUUUCAGAUAAGCCAAGACCAGCAGAAUUUCUGUUAAAAUUUUCUUAAAACUUUCUAAAACGUGUGAAUCGGGAACUAAUGUAAUUAACAUUAGCGGAUAAUCUGUGGAUGAGUUUCUAUCGUAGAAGAACGCAAUCGUUUAUGGACAUAGAACUCAUCGAUUUUCCAUUUUUGUCUUUGUUUUGCCAACAAAGCAACCAUCAAAAUGAUACCGAAGAAGUUGCCAACGGUAACGCAAGAUUAAAUGUGAGCGAUGCUAUCGAAGUAUCGAUAGUUGUUAUAAACAUUACUAAAACUUCUGACGUAAAAGUUCAAGAGUCUAGUUUGCUCAAGAAGAAAUCGUCAGACAAUUAUGUAGAAAAUCCUGUUUAAGAGAAGUCUUUUAAAUUAACAAUUGACUUACUGUAGAUCACGGAGACUUUUCUCCUAGAAAAUGGAAUAUUAGUGCAAAUCGAGACUCUGCUUCAUCAAAGCGGACGAAUUGUCAAAACUUAACAAGAUUCUACUCGUAGAAUCCAAAAAUGAAAACUUUUGAAAGAAAUCGUCUUCUUAGAAAAUAAACUGUAUAGAUGGAUGUGUGCAUCAAUCAUUUAGAAUCGGAAAAGCACAGUUCUUUCAAGACUAAUAUCGGCUCUAAGAUGAAUGGCGUUCUUUCGAAGAAACGCAAAGCGGAUGAAAUACAACAAAACGAUGAUAAAGAUGAAGUGGUAAUACUUGAAGAAAUUAAUAAUGCCAAAGAGGAGCAGCAGUCGAAGAGAUUCCGAGGUAUUCAUUAUACUGACAAACAAAUUGUCAGUGACGAUGGAAAAAAUAUUAACGACUCGGCGAUGGAUAUUGACGAGAAGAAAAGUGUGAAGCAAAAAGAAGAUAAAACGGAAAUUAGCCAGGUAAUUUCCUCGCGGAUCAAAUCUUCAGAUAGGUUCAACGUACAGGAAUGUGACCAUGAAUCUAGAAAUAAUGUCCUUUCCCCUCAACGCGAUAUUAAGUCAUCGAACAAGACACCGUUGACUGAGCAAGUAAACGUGCCAUCAAUAACAGUGAAGAUAGAUUUAGACAAACUAAAUAUAAACUCAAAUGAAAAUACAUUUGAUGAUUGGCAGAGCGAGAACUCAUCUAAUAAAACAGAUUGGGAAGCUGAAAAGGAGAUAGAUUUGAAUUCUUCGGACAUGUCCCUGGCAAAGAUACGAUACACGAAAGACUGGAUUGAAAUACAAAAACUCAAAGUAUUCGAAAUACGAAAACUCGAAGAGUCUGAUCACGAGAAACAAACAGAAGAGAAGGAAACUGAAACUGAACAUGAAGCGUGUAAUAAGAAUAUAUUCCUAAAUCACGAAAUAAAGAAUUACGAAGAAGAUGUAAAAAGAGUAAAAGAUACAAUGGCUAUAUUAGAGGCUGUAAGAAUAGAAAAAAAAUCUAGAAAAGUUAAAAAAAUUUUCCGGACAUACUUUGGCAACUGUUCGGGUAUUAAUGAAAAUGAAGAAGACAUAGCUGCAGUGUUAAAAGCGAAACAGACGAAAAAAAUGCGACAAUCCCAAAAGUUUACAGCGCACAAUGUAUGCACUCGAGAACAGCGUAGAAAGGAUAGUAUCGCAGCGGAAAAGGAAAGAGAUAAUUAUGAAAGAGAAAGAAAAACAUCAAUACAUAAUCCUGUCAUAAAUAUUUCGACUGAUAACUCACAGAACAUAAAGAGUCCAAUGUCGAUGAAGAUACAACAUAUAAAAGAUUCUUCAUCCGUUUCCGAUAUAAAACAUGUCGCUAACGAUACAAGAAGUAAUGACAAAAUCACAUUGCCUGUGACGAAAAUAGAUACAGCAGAAAUUAUGAAUGCGGAAACGAGAGGAACGCAUAUAUUACAUUCACGUCACAACCUUGAGAAACGAGAAAUCGCUGAUACAGUCAAGGAAGAAACGAAUGCGCAGGAUAUUCUACAAAGUCCACAGAAAGUUCAAGAUCCAUGCGAAGAAAAUAUAGUCACUUCAGCAAAGGUAGAUACACUCACAGAAGAAAAUGUAAGUUCGAAUUUAUCGGUUACACUUAUACAAGAGAAAUCUUCGGACCAUAAGGACAAAGAUGAUGACGAUACAUCCUUUAAUGUCGAAAAUUUAACGGACAAUAAUGAAACGUCAAAUGAGAUGCAGAAUAGUACUUCAACAUCAACGACAAUCAUGAUAACUCCAUCAAAAACGACUAACGAAGCUCUCUCGAUGCCGAUACUGGACGCUGAACUUAGUAGCGUGAAUACCAAGGAUGUUCCCUUAAUAGUAACUGACAAAGAGAGUGAUGUUGAACUAGAAAUAAAAGUAAAACCCAAAUCGCAGUCUGGAUUAUCUGAGUUUUCGAUGACAACAUCUCUCUCUUUAAUGAAUAUUACGAAUUUUCAAAACUCAAGCAUGUUUAAGCACGAUGCAAAUGUCUCCUUUGGCGAGUUCAUUCAAAAUCUUACUUCGAUAUUUAAGGACACUGCUCCCGCGCACGAGAAAACUGAGAAUGAAAAUUAUGCAACGGAGAGAUCAUCAAAUGAUGAUGAUGCAGUUAUCAUCGAAAGCGCUGAGGCAGCAUUGAAUACUCAGAACACUGCGUCUGUUAAAGAAUUAUCUUCUAGUCAAAUUACCAAUGAUAGUGCAGCUCCUUCCCUGCAACAACAGGAUUCUUCGAGUACAACUUCAAACGAAGAGACAAGUACAAAAAAGCCUAACGAAGAGAAUGCGAAAACAGAUCAAGAAUGCGCAAAAUCUGUCGAACGGCAGACAAUAUCGGAAAACAAUCCUAAAUCAGUUGAAUCUAUGGAUAAGUCUGAUUUGGAUAAACAAUCGUCGAAGGUUUCUUCGAACGAUGGGGGCAAGAAUGUUGACGAACAUACUGCGAAACGUUAUAAUAUAAGAGUUAAAGCUAUUGAAACGCUCAAAAACCCAUAUCGUAUUGUAGGUCCGCCUGCGAAUUUUAAUGCGUCAGGCAACACAUCAGGUGCUCCUUGCUCAACAUCUCAACUCUCAUGCGCACUACCGAAUACAAAUAGUAUACCCGCACCUGUAUUGACAAAUCCAUUGUUGCAUAUGCCGAUUGAAAAUAUUCCUCCGACCUUCAAUUCAACGGCGAAUAUUAACGCGCAGCAAUUUUUUGGGAGCGUUCCAAGCGCACGAUUUGCGAGCACGAGAUUACCGAAUUUUAACAAUCUGCAAGGUCCAGCAAUGCAUCCGAACAAUGAUCAACGGAAGAUGAAUAGUUUUCCACGUGCGUCAUACUUCAGACCACCUGCACCAAAUAUUUCUCAACAAUAUGGGAAUAAUGUUCCAUAUAUGAUGAUGCACUCAAAUGUACCAAGGCAGAAUGUUAAUCAACAGCAAAUCUUAAGAAAUAAUCAGAUGAUAAAUGCGCAGAAUAUUAGCAAUCAGCAGUCCUUGAUAAACAUGAAUAACAUUCCAAAUACGCCGUCAUCGGAUGCAACGUGUAAUAAUUUAAUCCGUUGCGUGUUAUGUGGUAAAUUUGAAUGUCAGCAUGACAAAAAUGUAAGCGACCAGAUUAGGAAGCAAUAUUUAUUAAUGAAGGAAUUUGAUAAUGUAUUAAGGAUGUCAAUGGAAGCCAAUAAUGGCGCACAGCCAACCAAUGCGUCCGCUGCACAUAUCUCGAAUAUACAUCUUUCAAACUUGCAAGCAAUGUCUCAAAGAAUGGGAAUGUACCCACCACCCUACGUAUGUGAUCGAGGUGUUAGUCUAGAUAAAAGUCAGAUUACAGGCAAUAUGAAUGCCACUCCAUCUGUCUUCAAUAUGACAGCUCCUAAUGCUUCGUCGAAUCAUUUAGCGAUUAGUAAUGCAGCGACAAACGUAACAUUUGGAACGCCAUUUGUAGCUCAGCAGAUGCAAGCCCCCUUAGUAGCCUUGCAGCUCGUCCCGCAAGACAAUACGUCGAGGCCUAUUACUACUACAACUCAAAACGCACCACUCAACGUGCACGAAGCUUGGUCAAUUUUCAUGAACAAUCAGAUGGGACAUUUGACGAGAUUUCCGCAACCAUUGAGUUCGAAUGUACAAAAUUUGCAACAAAACCUACCUGUAAUUACGCCCAUGAAUACAUUCAUACGUCCGAACAAUCCACCAAGUAAUACGUUGCAGAAUGCUUCAAACAUCAAAAAGACUUCAAACAGACCCAGGUCCGGAAGAAACAGUCAAACGUUGAAUAAGGCACCUAACUCGCAACAAAGAGUACGCCAGACAGCUUCAAACGCAACGCAAAGUUGUACUGCGAAAACUUCUCCGCAGAACUUAAUCUAUCCUGCACAAAGUACUCCGAAUCCUUCUUCCUCAUCAAGAGGCACAGUAUUAGGUUUAGCAAACUGCACGAGAGCAGACCCGACAGACUAUGAUUUGUACUAUAAAUUCAAUCUGAGCUUUUUAACAGAUAUACAGAAGAUUAUAUUGUAUCAGAAUUUACAAUAUUACAUGACUAUGCAAACGGUAUCUGAACGAAACGGCAGCGAAAUUUUGUUCUAUCAAGCUGAGAAAUUGCUUUUCUUUUAUAUAUCUUUAGACAAAUAUGUGAACAACAUUCAAGAAACUCAAUCGGCUCAAGAACAUGAUACAAAUCUGGUAACACAGCAAACACAGGAAAAACAGCAAACACAGGAAAGACAGCAAACACAGGAAACACAGGAAAUACAGAAAACACAGGAAACACAGCAAACACAGCAAACACAAGAAAUACAGAAAACGCAGGAAAUACAGAAAACGCAGGAAAUACAGAAAACGCAGGAAAUACAGAAAACACAGGAAACACAGGAAAUACAGCAAACACAGGAAACACAGCAAACACAGGAAAAACAGCAAACACAAGAAAUACAGAAAACGCAGGAAAUACAGAAAACACAGGAAACAUUAGACAACAAUAAUAAUAAUAAUUUAGGCAAUCUAAUGGUGUCGAGAUCCAUGCCGGUGCUGGAUAAGUUAGUUACAGAAACACGAGAUGAGUUAGUUACAGAAACACGAGAUGGGUUGUCUGCAGAACCCUCAAUUGACUUUCUUCUGCCUUCAGAAAGUUUGUUCGGUGAUGAAAACGAUGAAUACGAAAGUAGAAAGAUAUUAAUAUCACAAUGUACAAACACGACAGAAGAACACUCGAUCGAAGCAACGUCACGCGAUAACACAAUGGUUGACAAAAGUGUGGAAGAAGAUCUACGUGAUAAAAGAUUAUCAGAGUUGACAGAGGAAUUACUUCCAGAUACCUUUGUAGCUGGUAAAACAAAUAAAACAUUUCGUAGCAAGCAAGAGGAAUUCAUGAACAAACUAAAUAACUUUUAUCUCGAAGCUGAAGAAACUCGUGACAAUGAUGAACUGGAUGAGAGUAUGGAUUCACGACUAUAUAUUGACGAAGAUGUGAAAACAGAUCUAGAACCGCAGCUGGAAAGCGGUAAGUUAUCCUCGCACUCCGGGAAAGAUGAACCAAAUCUGUUACAAGUUUCGUUAUCGAGUAAUGCGACAGGGAAUGAACACGCAGAAUAUCCGUGUUUAGAAUCAGUACGUCUUCAAACGAAUGACGCUAGCAUAGAUUCAACUGAUUUACAACUGAUUUAUUUAUUUUCAACCAAGGAAGAGGAUAUUAUUUUGGACGAGCUAGCAAAAUUAGAAGCAAAAGAGACGCAGCUUCAGAAAUCAGUGGCUGAUAUUCCCGAAGAAAACUCGGUGCAAUCUAUCGAUAGCGCAUCCACAGAACUGGGACAGGAAGACAUUGAUCCUAAAUCGAACAGUGACGAUUUCAGUUUGAACGUAAAGCAAGCUUCCAAUGAAUCUAAUGCCGACAUUGCUAAAUGUAGUUCAGUAAACACCCAUUCCGAGACUGCGAAUGUACCGAAUGUCUGCAACAUCAGGAGCAUAUCGUCAUCGUUGUUCGAGAAAAUGGGCAAUACCAAUACGGUUCUUCAAACAUUGGAAUCAUUGACAGAAGAGGAAGAGGCAUCGAGCGCAAACAAUUUGGAAGAAAGACUGGAGAAAAAAUGCGUACCGUGUCUACGCUGUAAAAAAGAUAGUACGGUACUCUGCGCAUAUUGCAUGGACGCUCAUUAUUGUUCGAGGCGUUGCUCGAAUUUGUAUUGGAAAUCCUUUCACCAUCAAGAUUGUAAACGUACAUAUUCUUACGAAAAUAUCAGUUAA